AGUUGUUAAGAACUUUGCAAGCCAAAUCGACGUGUUCAGUAAUAAUAUUGAGGACCCCCAAAGCGUUUACAUGGUUACAAUCGUAUACGUGUACUACAGCGACGAGCAAACGGGAUUAAGACGACCAGAUGACACGUUGCACAUGCAGGAGACGUUCCCUCAAAGCAUGGAUCUUCAGUUUUCUUUGCAUUGGUGUAAUUGGACUUCUAGUCAACUAUGUGAUCGUCGAACGGCUCCACGCAAAGAUAGGGGUUCGCGAGCUGCCUUCCGUCCCAUUUUACCUGAGCAACAAACACGGCCAACAGCAUGCUGCGUCCAUGGAAGCGGUGUAUAAACAAGGAGAGCUGGGAAACUUUGAGCCGCCCUCUGAGCCGGUUGGUACAGGACCGGGUCAGGGGGGACAACCCGUGAAGAUCAUGAAAACGGACCUCUCGUCGGUGCGAGAUUAUGGCUGUGAUAUGACAGUGAGUGACAUGAUAUCCCUGGAUCGAUCGAUUCCCGACACCAGACCCAGAGAGUGCAAGUUUUGGCAUUACCCCACCAAUCUUCCGAGUGCCUCGGUGGUGGUCGUGUUCUACAAUGAAGGCAACAGCACCCUCCUGAGGACUGUCCACAGCAUCAUCAACCGCUCCCCGCCAUCCCUCCUGAAGGAAGUGGUCCUCGUGGACGACGGCAGCACAAAGGAUCAUCUUAAAAAACCACUAGAAUCCUACAUCCGUCGUUUCAAGGGGUUGGUCAAGUUGUACCGAAACGAAGAGAGGCUUGGGCUUAUAGGUGCCCGGAUGAGGGGCGCAAGGGAGGCAACUGGAGAUGUUUUCAUAGUGCUUGAUUCCCACUGUGAAUGUAACACGAACUGGUUACCGCCCUUGCUGCACAGAAUUGCUCUCAACAGGCGGACGUUGGUACAACCGACUGUUGACGUCAUCAGUUACAACGACUUUGCCUACAAGAAUAUAUUCUACAAGAUGGUAAAGGGCGUGUUCGACUGGGGCCUUCUGUAUAAAGAAAUGUAUGGGUCUGAUGAGGAGCAAGCUGCCAAAUGGAAACACAACUCCGAGCCUUACGGUACACCAACACACGCUGGCGGGCUGUUUGCUGUGGAUCGCAAAUAUUUCUUUGAUAUCGGAGGCUACGAUGAGAACCUUUUGGUGUGGGGAGGAGAAAACUUCCAGCUGUCUUUCAAGAUGUGGAUGUGUGGUGGUAGAAUGGAGAUGGUGCCGUGCUCGAGGGUAGGGCACGUGUACCAUUCUGGGAUGCCCUAUUCUCUCAAUAUUAAUAAGAAGAGGCCGACCAAAAUGUCCGUCAUAAAACACAACUAUCUGCGUGUGGUGGAGGGAUGGAUGGACGAGUACAAGGAAUAUUUUUACAUCCGGGAACCAGACGUGCGGCAUCGCGCACACGAGGUGAAUGUCACUGACCAGUUGGAACUCAGGAAGAAACUUGGUUGUAAGAGCUUCAAGUGGUACUUGGACAAUGUGGCCUAUGGCAUUCUGGAUCGCUUUCCACUACCCCCACCGAACAAAGCGUGGGGACGUAUCCAAGAACGAAAUGGCAGCCAGUGUUUCGUGAAAGCACGCACUUUGAUAAUUGGUUACUGUGGAGGCGCGGUGUUUAGAUACAAUACUGCAGGGCAGAUAUCUAACGGGGAAUACUGCCUGGCUUACAAAGAGAAGUCACAGGUGUUCAUGUUUCCCAAAUGUCCAGAUGGGCGCAGUCAUCCCUGGGACUGGAACCAGGAAACGGGUUUAAUCCGACAUCCGGAAUUGAAUCAGUGUCUCACCAGCGCCCCACAAGUGUUUCUUUCAGACUGCGACAAAAACAACCUCAAACAACAGUGGGUUAUGAAAGCAGCGUGAUUGGACAAAGAAUAAGAACAGCAUCUCUGUGAUACUACAUUCAAGUGACGUUUGAUUAGUUACGAUCCCGUGAAUAUUUCACGUAUAGACUCAACUACACACAUUUUAUAGGUAACAACUUCCGGUGUCAAGCAAACAAGCUGUUAUCCAUAAAUUGUGUCUACGUUGUGCUGCUUGACAACGGUGAAAGAAUGUGUGUCGAAACGUCGCUGUACUAGAUUCUUGAGAGAAUUUAGAAGUUGAUGAAUAUAUACUCGUCGCUGUACUAGUAUAUUUAGUGACUGAGUGAGUGUUUCACCGCUUUUCGCAAUAUUCCAACAAUAUCGGGGGACACCAGAUAUGGGUUUCACCCAUUGUACCCAUGUGGGGAAUCGAACCCGGAUCUGCAGCGUCAAGCGAACGCUUUAACUUUAGGCUACACCAACCGCCCCUAUUGGUAUAUUUAAGAAGCUUUUAUCCAUAAAUUAUGUCCACCUUAUGUUGCUUGGCUACGGUAUAAGAAUCUAUCGUUGUUAUCCAUAAACUGUCCACGUUGUGCUGCUUGACAGGGUAUAAGGACUUAUACUGUACUCAAAAUAUGGUACUGUUAUCCGUCAGCCUGCAAGAAAUGACUACCAAAACCCGCUAAAAUGAAGACAAAAAGGAUCAGUGACUUCACAAAUCCAUCUUAGCCCUAUAACUCUUUGUUAAACGGGACCUGGUAGGUGAUUAUCUUUGCCGCGUACCCGUGAAGUCGUGGAUUGUUACUCGUACUAUCAACCACCGGUUUAAUGGCACCUGCAUAUAUGUUUAUAUAAAUGGAACAAUGCUGACUGCAAUAAACAAAAAAAACGUUCUUGAAUUAA